AUGGCUCGUAGCCGUUGUUGCACCCUCCUGUGCCACAUAAACACGCGCAUCGCCCUAACCGUACUGGACAUCCUGAUCGGCGUCUCGAACAUUCUCUCCUACGCCCUCCAGUUCCACAAUUGGUCGGCGCUGACGCUCACCGCACUGGCCACCCUGGUCGCCUGCCAGACACUGAUUAUGUUCGUCGCCGAGAAGAGAUGCACCAUAACCGAUUGGCCGCGGAGCACUUUUCGAUGGAUUACGUGGACUGGUAUGUGUUAUCAUCGGUUUGGGGGGGCGGAAAAUGACGUGGCCGAGCACACAACUGAAUUGUGAUUUUUCAGGUAUCAUCACUGGAAUUCUGGCAUUUUUGACGUUUAUCGCAUGCUUCAUUGUCGCUGGAAUCCGGCACAUUCAAUUCACAAGUAAGAUUUGCUGAAAUAUCGAAAAUCUGGAAAAUCUGAAAAUUCGAAAGUCACAAGUUCGAUGCCUGAAAGCGUCUGAUGGAUUUUGGACACUUUGAAGAGUAUCUACUCGAUUUUUCAGCCCUCUAUCUCGUCUAUAACGGUUUUUACAAAUCUCGCUCGAGAUUCAAAGUCUCAAGUUCGAUGCCCCGGCUCGAUUUUUCGUUUUUACUCAUUUUCCUAUGUAUUCGCUCAUUUUUUCAGAUCUCUACGGCGAAAACUUGUGGUUCACCGGGCUCUGGGCGACCGCAAUCACAAAGUACACGUGGCAAAACGCGUUUCUGGCGCGGAAUUACGCGAAUCAGAAGGCGGAAUUGGAUUUGGAGGACUCGUGUAAAGCCUAAUUGAAUUGUACAUUCAUAUAGUAGUCGUUUCGGGUUGUUGUACUACCUUGUGAUCUCUAAUGUAUUAAAAAUCUUGAUUUAAUUGUGCUUACAAGAGCUUCAGAAGCCCCUCAAAUAAUAGGUAAAAAGCCGCACUAGCGCACCUUUUCGACCAUCCUAAAUUUUUGCAUUUUUAAGCCAUUUUAAGGCUUAUUUUAAUCAACAACAUGUCUUAGCUCAUACAAAAUGUAUCAUUUUCAACAAUUUUCAAAAAAGUGGUCGAAAUACCCAGUGGGUGCGCUAGAAAAAGUGGUCGAAAUGGAUGGUCAAAGUGGUCGAAGUGGUCGAGAAAACUGCGCUAGACAUUCUUGAGUAUUUUCAUGCUUUCACACUCCAAAAAUUUACUUUCGGCGCAGUCGGUAUGUCGGAUACCUCCAAGGCUAAGGCAUGAGGGUUUGACUGCGAGUGUCGUCAAAUAUUUUACACGGAACCCCAGCAUUCCAAUGCGCAAGCGAGUUGUCAAUGGGGCGCGCUUGCAUCCACCGUCGACUCGCAGUUUCUUUUUUCAAUUGAAAACCAGAAUUCUUUGGUUUUUCUCUUAAUACGCACUCAAAUUUUGUUCUUUCCGAACCGUAGGGCGAUUGUCUGAGUUAAAAGCAUCGAUUUAAGCGCGAAACGGAGCAGAUUCGUUCAGAAUUGACCAAAUUGAGGGAUUUUGUCGAAAACUACUGAAAAAAAACCGAGUUUUAACGAUUAUUUCGAGUUCGGACACUGGCAUUCGAACCGUCCAGUCAACAAGCAGUUUAUUGCGCAUCUUUUAAGCGCUCAACUGUCGAAAAAUAUACAGAUUUUAGAUAAUUGAGGCAAAUUUUCGAUUCCCAAAGGAAAAAAAUUCUGUAAUUUUCAGGAAAAAACGUUUUGAAAUUGAUGACGAAGCAGUUAAAAUUUCAUUUUUUAUUCAUUUCUAAUCAUUAUCAUAAGUUUUGACACUGAUUGCUUCUGAAAAGAUGGGGAUAAUGCAAAAAAAAGGGAAAAUUGAAAUGAGAAACUCUACAACGACGCUCCGGAAUUACGCGUUACGCGCCUUGUUUAGCGCACGUGAAUUGCGCCAAGGGAAUUUUUUUUUGUUGGAAGGCUGAGGUUCCGUGAUUUUUGCCAUUUUUGUUUUACUUAUUAUUUUGGUUUUCACAAUCACACAUAGCCAAGAAAUUGAAAAUAGAAGAGUUGAAAAUGGAAGAAUAGAAGAAAAUAGAAGAGAAGAGUUUAUCGCAUGCUUCAUUGUCGCUGGAAUCCGGCACAUUCAAUUCACAAGUAAGAUUUGCUGAAAUAUCGAAAAUCUGGAAAAUCUGAAAAUUCCAAAGUCACAAGUUCGAUGCCUGAAAGUGUCUGAUGGAUUUUGGACACUUUGAAGAGUAUCUGCUCGAUUUUUCAGCCCUCUAUCUCGUCUAUAACGGUUUUUACAAAUCUCGCCUGAAAUUCAAAGUCUCAAGUUCGAUGCCUCGGCUCGAUUUUUCGUUUUUACUCAUGUUCCUAUGUAUUCACCCAUUUUUUCAGAUCUCUACGGCGAAAACUUGUGGUUCACCGGGCUCUGGGCGACCGCAAUCACAAAGUACACGUGGCAAAACGCGUUUCUGGCGCGGAAUUACGCGAAUCAGAAGGCGGAAUUGGAUUUGGAGGACUCGUGUAAAGCCUAA